AGAGCUUGUUCCCGGAAGUGGCGCUGUUUGUCGCGGGCGUGAUGGCUUCAAGGUUACUUCGCGGAGCUGGAGCGCUGGCUGCUCAGGCCCUGAGGGCCCGCGGACCCAAUGGGGCGGCUGCCGUGCGCUCCAUGGCUUCUGGAGGUGGUGUCCCGACCGAUGAGGAACAGGCCACUGGGCUGGAGAGGGAGGUCAUGAUGGCCGCGCGGAAGGGACUGGACCCAUACAAUAUACUACCCCCAAAGGCAGCUUCAGGCACCAAGGAGGACCCUAAUUUAGUCCCUUCCAUAACCAACAAGCGAAUAGUGGGCUGCAUCUGUGAAGAGGACAACAGUGCUGUCAUCUGGUUCUGGCUGCACAAAGGCGAGACCCAGCGAUGCCCUAACUGUGGAACCCAUUAUAAGCUGGUGCCUCACCAGUUGGCCCACUGAGCCCCUGCGCUAACUUAAUCAGAAUGUGCUGUGAAGUUUCUUCUUCCCAAUAAAGAUUAGCCAUUGUAUUGGCUCUUCCUCCCA